AUGUUCUUCAACGCCGUCUACUACCCCAACUGGCACGUGUACAAGCAGCUGCCGCCCUCGGCGCUCAACUUCGACGUCAUCUCGCACGCCUUCUACGCCUUUGCCCACGUCAAGCACGACGGCACCGUCCACCUCAGCGACGAGUGGGCCGACGCGCAGAUCGACGUCGACGGCACCACCGGCUGCCUGCGCUCGUUUGCCCAGCUCAAGGAGAAAUACACCAUCUUGCGUGUUGUCCUCUCGGUUGGCGGCGGCGGCAAGGGCAGCGAGCCCUUUGCCCAUGUCGCCCACCAUGAGGAGACGCGCCACACGUUUGCGCGCACGGCUAAGGAUCUUGUUACUGAGUAUGGCCUGGAUGGCAUUGAUAUCGACUGGGAGCACCCCAACAGCACGCAACAAGGGCACGACUACGUCUCGCUGCUGCAAACCCUGCGCACGUACAUGCCCGCCCCGAUCUACACGCUCACCACCGCCCUCCCCGCCGGCCAAUGGGCCCUGCAGCACAUCCCGCUCGCGCGCGCCGCGCAGCACCUCGACCUCAUCAACGUCAUGACGUACGACUUCUCCGGCCCCUGGGUGCCCACGGCCGAGCACCACGCGCAGCUGUACGCCCCGCGCAAGCCGCACAGCGCGCACUGCGGCGUGUCCUGCCAAAGCGCCGUCAGCUACUUCACUUCGCAGGGCGUGUCGCCCAAGAAGCUGCUCCUCGGCGUGCCCGCGUACGGCCGCUCGUUCCUGGGCGCCAAAGGCCCGGGCCACAGCUACCGCGGCCACGCCGGCGACGAGGGCACGUUCCUGUACAAGGACCUCCCCCGGCCCGGCACCAAGGAGCGCGUCGACGACAAGACGGGCGCCGCGUACUGCGUGGGCGGCGAUGGCGGGUUCGUGUCGUAUGAUAACGCGGCGACGGUGCGGCAGAAGGCCGGGUUUGUCAAGGCCGAGGGGCUGGCCGGCAUGUUUUACUGGACGGGGACGGGGGAUGACAUGGAUGACAAGGAGCGGAGUUUGGUGUUUAAUGGCUAUGUCGGGAUGCAUAACUAG